AUGUCUAACCAACAAUCCACGAGAACGUCAAACCCCGCCUCCAACCCCAACCCCACCCCCGCCAAUGCUGGCAAUAGCAACACCAGCACUUUAAACCCAAUAUCAACAAGCACAUCCCAACCACCCGCAUCAGAAAGAUCAGACUUAUUCAACCUCGGUCUGGACACCCGCCGCGCUGUCCUCGGCUCCGCGCACGUAGACCGCUCGCUAGAAACCAGCAACGCCUUCACCCUCCCAAUGCAAGAAAUGAUCACUGAAUGGGCCUGGGGAAACGUCUGGAAUCGCCCGGGGUUGGACAGAAAACAGCGCAGCCUGCUAAACAUCGGCCUGCUGAUUGCGCUGGACCGCCAGAACGAGUUGGCGAUGCAUGUCCGUGGCGCGGUGCGCAAUGGCUUGUCUGAGAUUGAGAUUCGGGAAGCCGUUAUGCAUAGUACGGUUUAUUGUGGGGCGCCCGCGGGCAUGGAGGGGAUGAGGACGGUUGAUCGUGUGCUGGGGGAGAUGGAAGCCGUGGGGGAGAUUGUUAGGGUGAUUAAGUAG